ACACAAACCCCUGUAAAGGUCACGAAGACAACAAAUGCACCUGUAAAAGACACCACAACAACACAAACACCUGUUAAGAUCACCAUGACAACACAAACACCUAUUAAGAUCACCAUGACAACACAAACACCUAUUAAGAUCACCACGACAACACAAACAUCCAUAAAUAUCACCACUACGACAAAAUCACCAGUAGAUGUUGUCACCUCGACAAAAACACCAGUAGACAACAAUCGCACCACAACAACAACACAGUCACAGGUUGCCACGACUACGCCAAAAGCAAUGUGUGGUGCCUGCAGAGAGGGGGAGACCUGCGUGAGCACCGAUGGGGUCACUUGGCGGUGUGAGAGGCCAGAUCAGCCUGUUUUGCUGCACCCAGAGGUAGUGUGUGGGCGGAGCCUGGUACAGGUGGGUCUCAACAGGACUAACCUGGAGGCCGCUGGUCUGGACGCCACCACCGCUAACCUGGCCGACCCCCGGUGUGCCGCUGACGAAGAGCGUGGCGGCAUGGUAUGGUACCAGGUGGAGCGCAAGGAGGGCGCCUGCGGAAACACUCUGGUGACAAACGGAACUGACGCCAUCUUUUCCAACAGUUUAUUCAUCUACCACGUUCACAACGUGUCCUUCAGCCGACCCGUGAGCGUGCCUUUCUCCUGUGCCUACCCUCUGGAAUCAGAGACCAGCCUGGAUGUGGCCAUCAAACCCUACCUGUCGCUGAAAGGUUCCAGAGUCGGUAAGGGCUCCAGAGUGGGCUCCAACAUGACUCUGUACCACAGCGACGACUUCACAAAGGCUUACCCAGCGGGCGGAGUCACCUUGCCGGUGGGUUCCGUGCUGCACGUGGGCGUGUCCGUAGAGGAGUCCGAGACGGAGCGUUUCGUGGUUGUUCUGGAGGACUGCUAUGCCACGCAAUCCCCCGACCCUAAAGACAUCAUGCGAUACUACAUCAUUCAGAACAAAUGUCCGACUGAAUUCCGUCAGGUGAGGGUGGAGGAGAGCGGCUCGUCUCUCAGGGCUCGCUUCUCUGUUCUGCUGUUCCUGUACCAGGGGGACUACCGGGACGUCUUCCUGCACUGCAGACUCAGCCUGUGUGACCAGAGGAGCUCCUCCUGCACUCCAAUGUGCACCAAAAGGAAAUACCGCUCUGUCACCCCCUCUGUCCCCCUCGAACCCCUCACCAUCGGACCAAUCACCUGGUCCCAAAAUGAAGAUUGAACUUGUCAUGCUUCCUGUAUCCUAAACAAUGAAUCCAGUUAUCUAAAUGAUUAAUGUAAAGUUCAUAAAUCUAUCUCACCUAUACAUCAUUUAUGUCCUAAACCAAGCCCUUUCUUAUUUAAUAUCUUACAUACAUCCAGUUAUAAAUAAUGAUAUUUUAAGGAUAUUUUUAUAUUUCUCGUAUUUCUAGAAUGAUUAGUAAGAUAUUUCUAUUCGAACCAACACAAUUGAAUUGUUGAACCUUUAACUAAGGCUUGAGGCCAGAAAGUGUAUGUGCUGGUCACUAAUGUGUGUAACGUUAAAAUAAAUGGACAUCUAGUUGUGAUUAUAUCAACACAAACAUCUCCCUUUCUGGUUUAAGCUGCAGCUAUAAAAUCAUUUCAUCCUAUUGCUCUAAAAUGCUUUGUAUGUGCAGUCAUUUAAUAG